AUGGCUGCUGCAUCCUCAACCAGUGCUGCGCCGCCGCCUGAACCUCUGGACUUGGGAGAGGUGUCCCAAGGCCAGACACCUGCUACCAUCAAUUCCAUUGCGAUGCCCAGUCAAGAUCCCAAAGAAGUAGAUGUCUCAUCUCAAUCUCCACUUGAUGAACCUACCCAUUCACGGAGCAUCUUUAGGAUUGCCACUGUUAUGGUCACUUUGUUUUGUACCUUAUUCCUCUCUGCACUCAACACAACGAUUAUUGCCACUGCGAUACCGACCAUCUGCUCCGAUCUUGGUUCUGCUGCUGGCUAUUCAUGGAUUGGCGCUUCAUAUGUCAUUGCCGCCACAGCCGUCGUGUCCAUUUGGGCGAAACUGUCCGACAUCUGGGGCCGCAAACCAUUUCUGUUACUCACUGUGGCCCUCUACUUUGUCAGUUCCAUUGUCUGUGCGCUCUCCAAUAGCAUGGGCAUGCUUAUUGUCGGUCGUGCUCUUCAAGGUAUCUCUGGUGGGGGGUUGGGAUCUCUGGUCAUCAUUGUCAUUUCCGAUCUGUUCAGCAUAAGACGGCGAUCACUCUUCCUCGGUCUUCUUCACGUAACGUGGGCUGUCGCCGGUGGGUUGGGCCCGGUUCUUGGGGGUGCUUUCACAGAGUAUCUCUCAUGGAGGUGGAUCUUUUGGAUCAACCUUCCCAUCUGUGGACCUGCUUUUAUUCUGCUGUUCAUCUUCCUCGACGUUCAUAAUCCGAAAACGGAGCUGGCAAAGGGAAUAAAGGCCAUCGACUGGGCUGGGAGUGUUUGUAUGAUCGCCAUCAUGGUCAUGGUAUUGCUUGGUCUCAACUUUGGAGGAGCGACCUACCCUUGGGACUCACCUAAGGUCAUCUGUCUCGUCGUGGUGGGCGGCUUGAUGACAUUUGCUUUUGUUUUCAACGAAGGUCGAAUCGCUACACAUCCAAUUCUGCCGUUGAAGUUGUUUCGUCGCAAGUCUGAGGCUGCGUGCCUUGCCAUUGGCUUUUUGCAACAUUUUGUUCUGAAUGCUGCAGAAUAUUACCUUCCCCUUUACUUCCAGGCAGUCAGAGAAGCAUCCCCUUUGGGUUCAGGUGUCCUCAUCCUUCCACUGAUCAUCACCGAAGCAUUAACAGCCGUUGCCACCGGUAUCAUCAUUCAUCAGUCUGGUCGAUACAUGGAGUUGAUUUGGGGUGGCGUGGUAUUGCUUACUCUCGGGAAUGGGCUAUACAUCACCUUCGGUGCAGCAUCACCUUUGGGGUCAAUCAUCGCCAUCCAGAUCGUAGCUGGUGUCGGGGUAGGACUUCUCUUCGACCCUCCACUGAUCGCAUUGCAAGCUCUAGUCUCACAAGAAGACACUGCCAUUGCCACAGCAACUCUGAGCUUCGUGCGCAGUAUUGGGGUGUCUUUGUCAAUUGUCAUCGGCGGCGUCGUCUUUCAGAAUGGGAUGGGACUUCAAAAGUCCAAACUGCAAGACCUGGGACUGUCUGUAGAACUUGCUGACGUGCUAUCAGGGCCUUCGGCCGCCAUCAACAUCGAUCUGAUCCGAACAAUCUCUGACCCACUACAAAAAUUAGGUGUCAAGGCAGCAUACGCGCUCAGUCUGAGAAAUCUCUGGAUCCUCUGCACUGGCAUUGCAGCAUGCAGUGUAUUUGCCGUGGCGCUCAUCGCCCGAAAAGACUUGUCCAGAACGCAUACAGAGACACGAACCGGAAUCAAAGAGAAAGGAGGCAACGUACCUACAGAGCUUGUGGAGCGAGAUUCUCGUGCUGCUGCAGAUGGACCAUAG